UUGCCGCACGAGCGAAAAGGCCACACCAACGGUCACAGAUUAGCCUCCGCCUCCUCCCUCUCUCCUCCUCUCGCCACCAAAUCCUCCAUAGUCCACACCCCACCACCACUCCACCACCAUCCCAACCAACAACACUUCGCCAUCACGCCGACGCCAGGAGGAGCCACGCCACGCCGCGCCGCGCUCGCGGUCGACCUCCUCCUCCCCCCGGUGCCCUGACGACGACAUGGGCGCCGCCGACAACGCCGCCGCGCCGCCGCGGGGAGAUGUGCCGGAGAGGGGCAGAGGAGGGGGGGAGCCGGAGGCGAAGGAGAGGGAGGUGAAGGUGGUCGUGGUGGACGAGCCGCCUGGGGCGCCGGUGGCGAGGCUGCAGGCGCAGCGGCCGCUGGCGCCGCUGCAGGUGACCACGCAGGCGCCGCCGCCGCCCAUGUCCGUGGCCUCCGGCGGCGUUGAGCCGCCGCCACAGGUGGCGACUUUCCAGCCCGUCAUGCAGACCCCACCACAGGUGGCGUUCGCGUCGCUCAAUUCGCGCGUGUACACCAAUGGCAUCACGCUGUGCGUGUUCCUGGUCCACCUCGCCGCGGCCACGUUCGCCGUCGGGUUCUUCGUGUUCAGGGCCGUCAAGGACAUCGUGCAGCACCCGCGUUCCCGGAACGCGCAGCGCGAGCGAAGCCUGCUGCGGGAAUGGCUGCCUCCGGUGGAGGGCGCGGUGGCGCUCAGCAUCGUGCUGGCGUUCGCGUGGCAGAAGGCGGUGCGGGCGUGGCCGCGCGCCAUGGUGGGCGUCAUCCUGUGGUCCAGCUUCGGCAUCACGCUGGCGGUGGGCGCGAUGCUGAUGUGCUUCUCCAUGCCGGCCACCGUAGGGCUCGGCGUCGCCAUGGUGAUGUUCUCCAUCGGGACGGGGCUGUACGCGUGCUGGGUGACGCGCCGCGUCGGGUUCACGGCGCGGGUGUUCGAGCGCGCCGUGCAGCCGGUGGACAAGUUCCGGGGGCUGAACGGGCCGGCCUACCUGAUGGUGGCGGCCGGGUUCGUGUGGAUCUCCGUGUGGUGCGUCGCGGUGAUCGGCGCGGCGAACUACCGGUUCCCGGGGCUGACCAUCCUCGGCCUGGUGCUCAGCUUGAUGUGGACGGCGGAGGUGAUGCGGAACGUGGCGAACCUGACGGCGAGCCGGGUGAUCGCGCUCUACUACCUCCGCGGCAUGCAGUCCAGCGUGCAGUUCAGCUUCCAGCGCGCGCUCUCCUACAACCUCGGCAGCGCCUGCCUCGGCUCGCUGUUCGUCCCCACCAUCGAGGCGCUCCGCAUCGUCGCCCGCGGCCUCAACCUCCUCGAGGGCGAGGACGAGUUCAUGUUCUCCUGCGCGCACUGCUGCCUCCACGUCAUGAACGCCAUCUUCGAGUUCGGCAACAGCUGGGCCUUCGUCCACAUCGCGGCGUACGGGAGGGGGUUUGUGCAGGCGUCGAGGAGCACGUGGGAGCAGUUCGAGAGGCUACAGGGGAUGCCGGCGCUGGUGGACUCGGACAUCACGAGCUCGGUGUGCUUCCUCACCGGGGUCACCAGCGGCGCGCUCUGCGUCGCGCUCGCGGGGUCGUGGACGUUCGCCACGCACAAGCACUACACCGCCACCGUCUCGCUGCUCGCCUUCUUCGUCGGAUACCUCAUGACACGGAUUGGGAUGGCGCUGCCACAGGCGUGCGUGGGAUGCUACUACGUGUGCUUCGCGGAGAACCCGACGUCGCGGCUGUUCGAUCCCACGAUACCGGAGCGGCUGCACAAGAUGCAGGAAGGCGCCGACCCGCUCGUGCCGACGCCGCGCUUCCCGCAACAACACCCCGGCGCCGCCUGAUCGCGACACAAAAAAGCUCACCCGAUCAACGAGUCCCAAACCCUUUGGAGAUUCUUGCAGAAACACAUGAGAACGAGGUGAUCUCAUCCUGUCGCCUGUGCAGCCUGAGCUGACCCGGUAGGCGAGACUCCUCUCGUCGUUGCGUGAAUGGGAGGCAACUCGAGAUGGAAUCAUGAAUCCUUUGGACCAUGCUGCAAGUGUAGGCGAGCAGAAUAGUAGUAGCAGAGAAUUUGGACCCAACCCCUAUUGCUAGACUUUCCCCCUUUUCGUUUCUGUAAAUUUCCCCCAUUUUUUUGACACCACCGAUUUUUUGUUAGUGAAAUUAGAUGACAAGCCUGAACAUUUCAUAUUUCAGGUGUGUAAAGAGGUUUCAUUACAUCUAUAGGAAAUUCUUGUGAAUAUUAUCCAACUUUUUUUUUAUCCUUUUAAGGUCAUACUCCUAUUUGUUUCCAAGAUGACCAUGAUGAAGUCAUGAACUGGACCUUAUAAUUGAA